AUGCUGGACCACCAGUGCCCAGACAAAGUUAAAUACGACCUCAGCGAGGAGGACAGAUCUGCUUUGGAGCGUACCAGGAUGAGCAAUGCAAAGAUGGCCCGCUUUGGCAUCUUCGAUGAUUUGCAGGCGUGCUUUGAGCGGAACUCUAAGAUGCCCGGCUUUCUGGAAAAGUCCGGCGCAGGCCAGUUUGUGAUAGACAUCGGUGUUGGAUGGGAGGCCAAAGAGAUGAGAUUAGCAGUCCAGAACGGCUUCACGGUCUUUGCUUUUGAGAUGCUACCUGGGAACAUACAGGAGUUGAAGCAACUGGUUACAGGCGACUCCAGGUUUCAUUUCGUGGAGCUCAAGAAGGAAGGGAAUGGAUGGGUACUACCAGAGCUGCCGAAACCCGCUGGCAACACCGGCCUUGCCUACGUAAUCAAUGCUGCAGUCUGGGACGAGGAGACCACGGUGAUGUUUCCAGAGAGUCUCAUCCGCUCCCACGUGGAGUCGGUGACCACUGGGCGUAACGAGGGAAGGCCUGUCCCAGUCUUGCCUUUACACAAGCUCCUUCCCAAGUGGCUUCCGCACGUGGAUUACCUGAGGAUCGAGGCCCAAGGACACGAGCUGAAGGUCCUGCGUGGAUGCGAGAGAGUGCUGCGGGAGCCGCAGAGUCGCUACAUACAGUUCGUUUUUGCUCCCUGGCUCAUAAAGCGAGCUCAGACUGGAGAUCUUCUGGAGUUGCUUCGGUUCCUGCCGGGAAUGGGAGCACUGUGCUACACUGCGAGUUCACCGAAGCUGCAUCUCCGAUCCGGAGCUCCCUGGCCACUGCAGGACUGGCUCAAGCUCCUGGAUGAAGGCAACUUCACUGGCUACAACCGCCCUGUUGGGAUGAAAGACCACUACAAGAUGUGGAUGUAUGGACCCUGGGUGGACAUCCUGUGCUACUGGCCUAUCACUGCCUCGAGCAUGGAGGAACCGACCACAAGCCAAAGCAGCUUUGGUCUGGAGGUGACACCACCCGGCGAGCAGCAUCUGCAGCAGGUGUUGUUGCAGAAACCACCCAUGACUCAGCCGCAGGCACUCUUUGCAAACGGCAUGAGUGUUUGGGCUGGUGUUCUUCCUCUCAUCUUCGGAUGGUGUAUCCUUGUCGCGCUACGCUGCCUCCGCGCUUGGUAG